AUGGACCCCAACGCUCCAGGCUAUCCGAUGCAGCACAACCCGGGCUACCCUGUCCCUUCCCAGGGCAAUGUGCAGCAGUUCCCCUACUAUCCGAACCAAAUGUCCUUUUCUCAGUCGAAUCCGCCCUCGCAGCCUUCUUUCGCUGCUGUGCCGCUGCAACCUGGUGGAGCUAUGAUGCCGUCAAGCUUUCCCCAGCAAUCGCCUGGACCCCACGGCAAUUUCUCGACUCCGAGUCCCUUUACCCAGCCACCCGUUACCGGCGCCUUUCCCCAGUCCGUCCCCUCGACUGCAAACACUCCCACGACGCAGGCGCAGUCCUUUCCUCAAAACAUGGCUUCAAGUUCAGCAAAGAACAUGGUCGCGUCCCAGCAACAGAUACCUACCCAGCAGAGCGCGUCACAGAACGUGUCGCAGAACGCUCCGCAGUCGGCUCAAUCCCAAGCGGCCACCGCGCGUGAAAAGGAACGCGUUUCGGUUCUUCUGGAAAUAAACUCGAUGUUGCUUCAGGAAGCUGUCAACCUACAAUCCUCGGGCAAGGCGGGCGGUCCACCGGCCCAGGCAGCACAAGAUUCAAACCCCUCGCCGACGUCGGAAUCGAACGCGGACAAAAAUGCUCAACGGAGCCCUGAAUACAUGAACUGCAUGCGUCGCCUGCAAGUCAACUUGGCGUAUCUGGCCACAGUUGCUGAUAAGGGCAAAAAGGGAGGAGUGGUCCCUCCAGCGCCUGCUAUCAUGACUCCACCACCGAAUCUACCGGCGAUUGCUGAACUCUACACCAAACUCAACGAGUUGUUUCCGCGUGCUGCGAACACCGCGCAAGGGAACGGAGGGCCCAGCCCAUCACCUACCGCUGAAAAUGCUGUGUGA